ACAGGACGCUCAGGGUUGCCCCUGCGGACUGUACGCAGGUGUCUGACAAAGCAAUCUGCAUUUGGCCCAUCAAGUGCAGAAGUGAUCACAUCGUACUGCACUGAAUUCAGGCCAUUAGACUGGAAGGAAGAGCGGACAUCAAGCCAACGCCACAACCUCUCAACUACCUCCAGUAGGCAUGGCGCCUCACUUCCGGUGCCUCACAAUGCUCCCGAUCGCAGAAUCCCGCGAGAACUGACCCAUCGCCCGGACGCGCCCGCUCUCGCGAGACUGGCCGCGGCUGCCAUCCGUGGGCAGGUGGGGCGCGAACGCUGGAGAGGAGAGUGGCCGCGACACCAACACCGACACCGCUCGGCCAUGUCGGCUCCCGCCCCUCUCAAAGGGAUCUUAAAGAACAGGAAGGCGGCGCCGUAUCAACGGAACUCGGCUCUAAGUCUGUCCGUCGAGGAAGAGGAGGAGUACAAUAAAAAGACACAAAAAUGGGAUGAAAUGAACAUUCUUGCUACGUAUCAUCCAGAAGGAAAGGAUUAUGGGUUAAUGAAGAUCGAUGAGCCCAGUACACCGUACAACAGGAUAGUAGGAGGUGAUGAUGAUGAUGAAGCUGCAAUGAGUGACUCCGAAUCAAAUAUAAACAUUACUGCAGAAAUACUAGCUAAGAAGUUGACAGCAGCUGAGGGAAUUAAUCCUAAAAUCUUAGAACCAAAGGAAGAAAGUAGUGAAGAAGAGGAAGAAUUAACACCAGAAGAACAAGAAAACAAGAAACAGUUUGAAAUGAAGAGGAAAAUGCACUACAAUGAAGGCAUGAAUAUCAAAUUAGCAAGACAGUUAAUAGCCAAGGAACUUGAAGAUGAAGAGGAGGAUGACUUGAAAGAAUCCCCAGACUUAAAGGACUUUGAAGAUGAUACAGAUGAAGAACUUUCUGAAAAUGAAGAUCCAGAAUCAUAGAACAAAGCCAUUCUUAAACUCUGACACAAAAUAUUCUAGUUAACAGCAUUAGCCAUCAUAAGUUUUUAACUUAUUGAUAUGCUGUUGUGUUUUGUGGACAGUUGAACUUUAAAUCAGAGAAGGCAAGUUUCAUCUGUGCAGUCAGAAUUUGGCAAUUUAUGUAUUUCUACAGUAAUGUAAAUAAAAUAUUUUUGAGAGGUGGGCAGUAGGUUGCCAGUCUGCCUGUAUUUUUGCGUUUGUGCUAGAAUUGGAUCACUGAUGAAACACUUUUCUGGAAAUUGCAAUAGUAGUAUAUUUAUUGCUUGGUGCAUAAAACAGAACGUAUUUCAGCUCCAUAUUUUGAUCGCUUGACAUAUUUCCAUAUGUGUGAUAUUGUGUCGAUAGGUUAAGUUCCUAUUGAUACCUGUGUGGUAUAGUUUUGUUUGCUGUUUAUUUUGAUAUCUUAUUACCAGUUCUAGUUUGUAACAUUUAUUUUGAUUUGGCAAUGGAGCUUGCCUUUUGAAAAGGGUUCAACGAGGAAGUCUUGACUGGGGUUAACUUUCUUUGUUAAGAUAAUUUCAAUGCUGCUGAUGGUGUUAGUUAAAACAAUUGAUAGUUGAUGUUAACAAAGGUACUGUGGCCCUGUUUUUUAAAAGGAAUCUUAUCAAUUGACAGGUGUAAAGUAUUUUAAUAGCGCCAGCAGCAACAACAAUGCACCAAAAGUUUGCUGUAAAACAAAUGUCCUAAUAAAGUUGUUUGAACAUUUAUUGUAAUAAACUGUUUGCAUCAGGGGAUGAAAGGGGUGAAAAGUUACAUGUUUAUGAUCUAAAUGAUGGCAUAGUUCUUGGUCAAAGUGUGCAGUAUAUCCACAAAUUUUGAUUUAAGAAGUGCAUUGGAUUUGGUUUUGACUUGCAUAUGGUUAUAAAGCUUUGAAAGCAAACCAUUUCUAUCAGUGAAACAAGACUAAAUGUUUUAAUUUCAUAGUUGAGUCUAGUUUCUGUAUAAUUGAGGUGAAUUUUCUUUAAGUGUGUAUGCACAAUCUGAAUAUUAGUAAAUGUAACAUUUAACAAGUAA